GAGGAAACAACAUCGGGCAAUAGGAGAAACUAUCGACCCCCGCGUGGCGCAUCGAACAGUCGAUAUAACAAAUAAAAGUACGGCCUUUGAUAUCAGAAGUCUAAUUCGCCGGUUGCUACGGAAGGAAUAUAUGCAUGUAUUCUUCAAUUAGGAAUGUGUGUAAAAUCCAACCUAAUCGGAUAUGCAAUUAGAGCUUCACUUGUAAGAUGAGAGGAUAUUAGUGAAUUACCAUGGCAACGAGAAGUCCGAUGGAAGGAAGCUAUCAAGAGGAUCUUACUCGACAAUGGAAGCAGAUAGCAGAACGUCCGGAUCACUCACGGACCCAUAAUCCUCCCCUCCCAGACCCCAAUGAUAUGCAGACGGGGGCAUUCCUUCAGCUCUUCACGAAUAGUGUCAACACUGCACUGCAUAAGCAACACUGUACAUGCAAAGGGAAGAGCUAUGACUCCAAGGAACUCUUUGCCAAGAGCAACCCCGGCUUGUUUGGUCCUAACGGUCAGUUGAAGGUGACCAACGCAAAGAAGCCUGGUCCCUUGCGACAGAAUGUUGAGGUGAAGCUCCCACCGGUUGCAACGUCAAAGGCAUCGGAGGACAUCAUCAAGGAAGCAACAAGAGACCUGAAGCACCAGCUUAAAAAGCAUGUAAGCGAUACCGGAAGUGUCCAGGUGUCCCCAAGGUUCUGUAAACCUUUGGGAGAUUCGGGUCUGGUUGAACUAACGGAAGAGCUCCGACUUCCUCACAUUAUGGAGAUUCGUGAUCGGACAGGCAACAAUUGGAAAAUCAUCCAGGACGCUUCGAAUAAGUCUAGACAACGGCUAAAGGAAAGUCGAAUAGGGCCUGACUGGAAGUCCUAUCCUGCAAUAUCUACGCAAAAGCUGCAACUACUCAACGAUCCAAUAAAUUCCCCUAGGGAAAAAGGUCUCGCGUUUCCAAAUACAAGUCAAGGUCAAGGAAUCGAUUCGAAUGCUAUUGAUGCAGUCUUAAGACAGAAUACACCUAUAUUACAGGUUCGAGUGCCAGUUCUUGAUGACUACUCUGAAGACGGCUUCGAUGACCAAUGUAUCACCCUGCCGGACCUGCGACCGCGUUGUCAACAGGCUUUGACCCACACCUGUACAUCGGAGGCUGCAACCCCAAAGGAUGUACCUGAUGAGAUGACAAGAAAGAUUCUUCUCGGAAGAUGGGCUGCCUCGGUCCGUACUGGUAAGAUGACCUACAGUGAGUACCUUCGGAAGGUUUCGCUCAUGUCCAUGCUUCAGAGGUCGGAUACGAUGAACAGUAAGCAGGACAUGUUUCAAAGUCGAAGCCUGGAUUGGUCCUCGGCUGCUAGAGAGAAGCGUCCAAGGACUCGAAGCCUUGAGGAGAUGUUGGAGGAGGAGCAUUUGCCAAAGCGCCUCGAGAUUGAUGGUGGCCGGAGUCAACUAAAUUCAAGAGAUAACACUCAUAUAGGACACAAAGGCAGGGAACGUCCAAUCAUGACAGGUGUCAUCACACCAGGAGACAGCGCGAAAGUCUGCAGUCAACCACUUCCUCCGGAGCUUGAGAGAUUGUAUACCAGGUCUUCAAGCAGGGUGCCUACACUAGAUAUUGGACAAUCGCUAGAUGAGUACCUUCCGACUGAUUUCCUUGUUCAGGAACGCCAUAAGCUACGCAUGCAAUAUCCGAUGUAUAAUUCCAAGCGAGAGAAUGAACGACUGUACGCGUCGAAUCAGUUCACGUCCAAAUCGUUGCCAUCUCAAAUAUCAUUCCAUGGAGAUGUAGAGAGGCCGAUGACGAAUGAACCCAGAGAGAUCACUUUACAGUCGGAUAUUGCGCACACCGGCCAACAGAAACGCAAAUCAAAACCACGUAGGUUGAACAGUCGCCUUGGCUACAAUGCCAUUUGUAUAACCGGUGGAAGAAUCCCGACCAAAGCAAAUACCUCGGACGAGAUUGAAGCACUUUCGGAACUGCAAAGACAGUACCUAGAGCAACAAACACUCAACGACGUCACACCAGACAACGUUCUACCGCGUUUGUACGCAGUCCCCCACCAACCGCCAACGACGCCCGUGGAUGCAACCCUUGCCAGUGUGUCCUUACCCGAGAUCCUUGCACAGAUGGCGGAAGGAGCGACGGUUUACAGGAUAAGCGAAGAAACACUCGAUAAAGAGCCAAAGGGAGGUCAAAGAAUUCCUGUCCCGACAAAGGCACCUGGAACUUCGGAGCCUAAAAAGAACGUUCAGGGCGAGUCUGUGAAUAUAGUGACAAUCGAAGCGGAAACGAGUUGCCUAAAGGCCAGUUCAAAAGAGGGUAUCUGUAAGGAUUCUAAAGACAGUGGUAAUUCUGGCAGCAACGCUGACGAAGGUCAUCCAAAGGAAGAACCUGGGAAUGACAAAUGUGAAAAUGACGCUGCAGAAACGUUUUCUCUUAAGAGUGAACUUCUUGAAGGUAAAAGUGAUUACUCUGAAUACAAAGAAGGAAUCAAGCAUGACAAUGGAACAGAGACCAACGACAGCAAUAACAACAAGAUCCGAAAAGAUCUUAAGACCUCUAUCAAGCAGCUAGAGAUUUCCGACGUUAAUGGUCUGGAGAGUCAGAUGACAACAAUCUCUAGUCGUUCUUUGGAAAGGAUGAUGGCUCGACUGCCAUCAAGACAUCUCAAGAGUCGGGACAAGCGCUCUAGGAGAUCGAGGACCAUCGGCACAGCCUCAGGUCUCAUGGCCAAGAGAUCUCCUAUGACCACAAAACACGUGGUCUUUGUCAGUCCUGCCUUUAACCAAAGCAAGGCGUAACCCAGGCUCAUAUUGUGUUGAUAAUAGUAUGCAUAACCUAUGGGACGUUGGACAAAACUUGCAAUCAAAAUCAUAGUUCCCAAAUCAGUCAUAAUUGCAAUUAAAUAGUGAAUUUGAAAAUUGGUUGCUGAUAUACUCAUUGCAAUUGUCGAGUGCUUGGGUUCAAAACAAUUGUUUUUUAAAAUCAUCAGGAUUUUGUGUGUGUAUGUGCAUAUUGUCGGCCUUCCUAAUUAAUUUAUUGGUAACGCUAUAAUCAUAGCAUGGAGCUAUAGCUUCAUGAUCAGAGGUGCACUCGACUUCAGACCGAUGUCACCUAUUAUUUCAAAACAAAUCUUCGGUCGGUUUUGAGUUAGUUUCGUUGGUGUUAAUGUUACAUGAAAUAGAACUUAACGAUACGAUCAGCUUUGAAAAUGAAACAAUUGCAACCAUUUAUGUCAAAUGUCUUAUUCGCCCCUCGAAAUCCCGGAUCUAAAUUUCAUGCAUCUAUCAUAAAAAUAAUACAUGUAUAAUUAUCGCUGAGACAUCCAUUAAGAUUUAAAACAAUUUUUUCAAGUAAUCUUCAGAUCACAUCCAACCCUCAUCUUGAUAAUUGUUUUUUUGCAUUUUUACUUCAUGAACAUCCAAGUUUCUUUACAUACUUAGGCGGGGAAUAAUCUCUUGGCAUUUUUAAAGCACCAUUAAUUCUCCGGAUAAACAUAUAAACACGGUAUUACUGUCACGGUUAUUAUUGGUAUUAUUAUCAUAAUUAUCAUGAUGAGUUAUAACAAGUGUAUUGGAUUUGUCAUUGAUUGAAUUCAUGACUCACAACAUACAUACACAUCUAUCGCAUAUUUGAACGUACUGGAUUCGUUCUGUCAAUCAGCUAUAUUUAAGUCCCACCAGCAGAGGAGUUGCAACUUUCAACGUCAACAUCCAAAAUUUAGGGGAAUAGAUAAAAUAUUUUGAGGGACUGUAUAUUCUUGGUAAGGUACACGGAUUAUCGCAAUCUGGGGAAUCCCCAUUAAAAUAAUAAUUAUAAUAUAAUCAUUUUGUAUACCGCAAACUGCAAAUUGACUCUAAGCGGUUAAGAGAAAGGAAAUAUGAAGUGAUAAAUAAAUAGAAAUAUGAGGGGAAAAAGAAAUAGUAAAUGAACCCUUUUCCAUAUUUUCUCUUAAAUUUAGUAUGUAAUACAAGGCAAGUUUGUAAUGUUAACAAAAUUUGAUAUAAUUAAAUAAAAUGAAUGAAUAUAUAAAUACAUGAUUUGAAUACAUGAAUAUUU